GGGACAUCCAGAGAGAAAGCCCUAAAGUAGUACAAAAGGGUGCUCCUCCAUUCACUUGAAAGACCUAGCUAGUACUAUUCACGCUAUCAAUUUGCUUGUUAUUCAGAUUUACGAAGAUGAAAAGUCUAUGGCCUUCACUUGCUCUCCUAUUCGUCCUCAUCGCAACAAAAGUCAUUGCAAGUAAUGACACUUACGAUUAUAUUGUUGUCGGAUCUGGGCCUGGAGGUGGCACUUUGGCAGCCAAUCUCGCAAAAGCUGGACAGUCCGUUCUCCUCCUCGAAGCUGGUGACGACCAAGGCGAGAAUCCGGACGAACUAAUUGCAGGAUGGGCCUUGCUUGCUGAUGGAGACCCACUUAUGCGAUGGGAUUUUUUCGUCAAGUAUCAUUCGAAUGAAACGCUGAACGACGAGUACAAACACUUGACUUGGAGGACUACUGAUGGCCAGUUCUAUGUUGGCUUGGAUCCUCCUGCGGGAGCCGUCAAGCUUGGUGUUUAUUAUCCUCGGGCAGGGACCCUUGGUGGUUGUUCCACGCACAAUGCUUUGAUUGCUGCACUCCCUAGCAAUAGUGAUUGGGAGUACAUCGCAAAUCUGACAGGUGAUCAGUCCUGGACGCCAGAGAAUAUGCGCCAACAUUUCAUCCAGCUUGAAAAUGAUCACGUGGUACCCGUGGGAACUCCUGGCCAUGGAUUCAGUGGCUUCCUCGACAUUUCGGUCAAUACUGCUGAAUUCUUGCAGAACCAAAGCAAUGCUGUAGAGGUCUUUAAAGCCACUGCAUCAGUGAUAGGAGAAAACCCUGCCAACAUUUUCGAUCUCCUGACAAACGGCACGGAUCUCAACAACGAUGAUCCGAAUCGUGAUCAGCAACUUGGCUGGUUUGGACUUCCAUCUCAUAGAGAUCUGCUUGGGAGACGAGUCAGUGCUCGCAAUGCCGUCUUCGAUGUAUUGAACGCAACAAAUGCCGGCGGGUCAAAGAAAUAUCCUCUGACACUCAGCGUACAUUCGCUGGCAACUAAAGUCCUUUUCGACACGUCUCAAGAUAUCCCUAGAGCUAUAGGAGUAGAAUACCUGUUAGGUGAGAGCAUGUAUAGUGCAGACCCCCGCUAUAAUGCCAGCAACUCAGGAAUUACAAAACAAGCCUUCGCCCGCAAAGAAGUCAUUGUGUCAGGAGGGUCAUUCAACUCCCCACAACUCCUUAAGCUGUCUGGAAUAGGUCCGAAGUCAGAACUGCAAAAUCUUAGCAUUGCAGUCAUCGUCGACCUUCCGGGAGUAGGCUCAAACCUAGAAGACAACUAUGAGAUGGGUGUCGCAGCCUCUGCUAGCAAGAAUUUCACAUCAAUUGGCCCCGUUUGUACCUUCGGAGCGCCAGGUGACCCAUGUCUUCCUCUUUGGUACGAAGGAAAAGGCCCAUACACGCAAACUGGCCUCGGAGCAUUGAUGCUAAAGACCAGCCAUGCAGCGCGCGACGAACGUGAUCUCUUCGUUUUCCCACUUCCCGGCGGAGUGUUCCGAGGCUACUGGCCUCAGCAAACAGUCAAUGUUGUGCCAAGCGAUCCACCCAGCUCAUUCGAUUUCUCGAUGGUGAAGAUGCAUGGAAACGGUCGCCUCGGCACAGUGGAGCUCGCAUCGAACAACCCUCGUGAUACUCCCUUGAUAAAUUUCCGCUUUUUCGAAGGGCCAGGUGCUGAUGCAGAUUUGGAAGCUCUGUCGGAGGGAGUCGAUUUCGGACGAAAGGUGUUUGCUUCUAUGGCUGCCAAUGGCAGUGAUCUUGCGCCCUUCACGGAAAUUUCUCCUUGUACAGGGACAACGGAGUGUGAUGUGAAAUCGUACAUCAUAUCCCAGGCUUGGAGUCAUCAUGCUACUAGUUCGUGCUCGAUUGGCGCUGACGGCGAUCCUAUGGCGGUCUUGGAUUCGAAGUUUCGUGUGAGAGGGACGAAAGGGCUUAGGGUUGUCGAUGCCAGUGCACAUCCAAGGACACCAGGUGGAUUUCCUGUGCUGCCAACUUUUAUGCUUGGCAUGAAAGCCAGUGACGCAAUCUUGGAAGAUGCGGAGAGUUGGUAACGAGUAAAGAAUGAAUUCGGACACGCCUUUCUUGCUGAGUCGCGAACCACGUGAUCAACCGUCAUGCUUCUCA